UCCCCGCCCCGCUUCAUUCCUGCGUUGUUUGGGGACAGUAGGAAGAUGGCGGCGGCCCCGCUGUACUGUGUCUGCCGGCAGCCCUACGAUGUGAGCCGGUUUAUGAUCGAGUGCGACAUCUGCAAAGACUGGUUCCACGGCAGCUGUGUGCAGGUAGAAGAGCAUCAUGCCGUGGAUAUCGAUGUUUACCACUGUCCCAACUGUGAUGUCGUACACGGACCCUCCCUGAUGAAAAGGCGAAACAACUGGCACAGGCACGAUUACACAGAGGCAGACAAUGGAUCGAAGCCGGUUCAAGCUGGCACCUCAGUGUUCAUCAAGGAGCUGCAGAACAGAACCUUUGCCAGUGGUGAGGAGAUUAUGAUGAAGAUGAAAGGCGAGCAGGUGACACCCAGGUACCUGGAGAGACACGGCUUCAACUACCCCAUCCAGGUCACCGAGAUGGAGGGUCUGGGACUCAAACUACCGGCCCCUACUUUUUCAGUCAAAGAUGUGGAGCAGUAUGUUGGUGCCGACAAAAUCAUCGAUGUGAUAGAUGUGGCUCGGCAAGCGGACAGCAAGAUGAAGCUCAGCGAGUUCAUCAAGUAUUUCACCAAGUCCCAUCGACUCAAGGUGCUCAACCUCAUCAGCCUGGAGUUCUCUGACUCUAAGAUGUCUGAGUUGGUGGAAGUUCCUGACGUGGCACAGAAAAUGUCCUGGGUGGAGAACUACUGGCCGGAUGACUCCUUUUUCCCCAAGCCCUUUGUCCAGAAGUACUGCCUUAUGGGGGUCAAGGACAGCUACACAGACUUCCACAUAGACUUUGGAGGCACCUCCGUCUGGUACCAUGUUCUCUGGGGUGAAAAGGUCUUCUACUUGAUCAAGCCCACUCCUGCCAACCUUGCACUAUAUGAGGCAUGGAGCUCCUCACCCAAUCAGAGUGAAGUGUUCUUUGGGGACAAAGUGGAGAAGUGCUACAAGUGCAUCGUAUCCCAAGGAACCACCCUGCUCAUCCCUACAGGCUGGAUCCAUGCUGUUCUCACCUCUCAGGAUUGCAUGGCUUUUGGAGGGAACUUCCUUCAUAACCUCAACAUUGGCAUGCAGCUCAGGUGUUAUGAAAUGGAGCGUCGUCUGAAAACGCCAGACCUCUUUCAGUUUCCGUACUUUGAGGCCAUCUCUUGGUAUGUGGCCAAGAACCUGCUGGAAAUGCUAAAAGAGCUCCGUGAGGACAACUGUCCACCACCAACCUACCUGGUGGAGGGAGUCAAGGCUUUAAUCAGUGCACUGAAGACCUGGUUGAAAAGAGAGGAGACUGAACCCACCAGUGAGGUACCAGAUAACAUCAGGCCCAACCAUCUCAUUAAAGAGCUCACCAAGGAAAUCCGCUACUUAGAGGAGGAACCAGUCAGUGUUAGCAAGCCAGUGAAAUCUCAGGGAAGCGGGUGCGGACUAGCAUCUGGAUCGAACGCCUGCCCGGCCACUCGGUCCACGCUGGAGAAGCUGAGCCAGGCCCGGCGGGCGAGGAGAGCUGCCAGGAGGCUGAGGGAGCAGCAGAGGCAGGUGCCCAAAGUGCCCUCCAACCUGGACAUCUUAGAGCAGCACACCAGGGAGGUGCUGAGGAGGCUGGAGGUGGGACCGCUCGAGGAGGAUCCAGCGUUCUGUGCCAAGGUUCAUGGAAAGCUCAACAAGGUGUCAACUGCAUCGGCCAUUGCUGCUGCUGCGGAGUCUUUAGAGGACAACCACCUCCGGCUGAUGCUCGUCAACGGCAGAAUCAUCAGAGAUUUGAGGCGACCGAGCAGCAGCCCGGUGAAGACGGAGGGUGAGCGGUCAUCUGUUGGCCAGUGUCCACCAAAGAGUUGUGUGGAUGUGAAGUCGGAGCGGACGCAGGACGGCCAAGAGGAGCACAGCAUGGACGAGAAACACUCGCUCCUCGCGGCUCUGGAGCGGGUGAAGACUGAACUCAGGGAAGAAGUCUCAGGAGACUCAAGUGUUUCAGAUGUGGAGUCAGACAGUGACUCUCCCACAGAGCGUAAAGCAUCAUCGUCAUCGUCGUCGUCGUCAUCGUCGUCCUCCUCUUCUGACGAGGAUUCAGAGAGUUCCCAGGGGGAGGAAGAGGAGGAGAGGAGCUCAUCGCAGCAGAAAGGCUCAGGGCACGUCAUAGAGCUGGACCCUUCAGGCCAGAAACUCAGGCACAAACACAAACCACUCAAACGAGACCGUCCUACCUCACCCAGCACAGAAGAGGCCAUUCAGGGGAUGCUGUCCAUGGCUGGCCUGCUGUGCUCCUCCAAGCCGGAGAAGGUGGCCUCGACCCAAGAGCCCUGGUGGUCCAGCCCGAGCCAGUGCUUGCGGAUGGAGCAGAGGGAGCCGGUGCAGCACCAGCGCCUCCUGCAGGGGGACAAGAGCCCGAUGGACAGCCAGGGCAACAGCAGCAGCGAGGCCUGGGACAAUCAGGGGCUCCCCAGCCCCCUCAGUCGAAGCCACGCCACCAGCCCAGAGACGGACUUCCAGUACUGUGACCCCUCCAUGUCUCCUCCGCUGCACCCUUCCAAGAGACACGCCCCCAACCCUCCACCAAUCAGCAAUCAGGCCACGAAAGGCAAGCGGCCCAAAAAAGGAAUGGCUACAGCCAAGCAGAGACUGGGAAAGAUCCUGAAACUCAACAGACACAGUCGUGUGUUUGUGUAACACUUCAAAAACAGAACACAGGCGAAAAAAUGAAAAAAAAAGAAGCUGGGGAUGAAUUCUCCACGAAAAACAAAAAAGAAUCUUCUGUGUAUUUGUUACUGGACACGUCUGUGCUGUAGAAAACACGAGGGGGAGGGGGCUCACCGCACUGUGCAUGCUUAGGAGACAGGGUAUUGGAUUUGAAAAAAAAGCAAGUGCACGACGUCACUACAAGCACACUAAGAACAAAACUGAAAAAAGGAGCGAAGACGAGCAUGUUGUGAAAUUUUCUGCUGCAGGGAAAAAAAAAACCCGUCGGACUGAAGCUCCCGGGGGCAUGAGACCGAAGUCGACCACACGACUAAAAGACAUUUGCCUCGUCGGGGAGACGGCGACACAUCUACUGCUUCCGAUGCCACGAUCCAUCCGCGUCACGUUUGCUAGAAAACUCUCCAGAGAACCCCCCCUCCCCCUCCCUGAGAUCCCGUCACUUGCUUCACGGCUUUCAGCGAACAGGACGACGGAGCAGCAGGUGAAACAACGUGUUUCUUUUUUUCUUUUGUUUUUUGCUCUGCCGGGAAAACGAGGUGCUAAAAGAGGAGAAGGUGAACUGAAAUUUCAAAAUGGUGCUUAUUUGUUUGAACUUUUCUCCACUCAUGCUCGUCACUUCCUGCCCUCUCCCCCCCGACUCCACUUUUUUUAAUCUCAAUCACACCAGCAAUAAUGACGUAGAGGAGAAAGGUGAGCGAGAGGCAGUCUCUGAUUAUUGAGUAGAAGGGAGUCUUGUCUUUCUGGGUAAUUAUUGCUGAAGGGAAGUCGCUCCGAGCGCUGCCUCCUAGUGAAAUAGUUUCGAAUAGGAAUUCCGAGUCGUCGAACAGAGAAACGACUCGCAUGUUAUCCUCCUUAAUUUAUUUCUCGUUUUAUCUGUGAUGGUUUUUUUAACGUGUUAUUUUUAUGGAAUUCUGAAUGAUGUAUUUAUUAAUUGAAAGAGAUGAUUUUAUUUUAUUUUCAUCCUGAAACCUCGGCUCAUUCCGAGGUUUUUUUUUUCUUAACUUUUUUUUUUUUUUUUUUUUUUAACAUACUUUUUUGUAAAUGUGGAUGUUUUUAGAGUUCAUGUGAUCAUCUGUUGAGUAGCAGUUUACAAACAAAAUCUUGAAUCACCUUUCUAGUCAUCACAACCCUGUUUUUUCUUCCUCCCCUGCUGUCUGGUCGAGUAGAUCCUGUGUUGAUUCUCGUCUCUUACGCUUUGGGCGAUGUGCGAAUAUAGUUUUGGUUUAGAACAUCGACACCUGAGCUUUUUCCAACUAGUGCCACUUAUCAUUUAGCAAAAAACAAACAAGUAUUCUGAGCCACUGUGUUCGAUCCAAAGUAGUUGAUGUAUUCAGAAGUGAAACUUUGAGGAACUUCAACAGGAUGAGUGAGUUUUUUAAAAAGUAAUACCAGUGCUGAUGUGUUGUGUGUUUUGCUUGAGGUGCGCUGUUCUUCACUCUCAGGGAUUGAUGCCAUGGACAUAACUUUUGAUGAACCACCAGCCAGGUCGUUUAAGCAGACAGGAUGUUCUCAACACUUUCGGCUUCUCUUUCUGCGGUCGCUAAGCUUUGCUUGUUUUAAAAAAAAAAGAUUUCACGAUUGUGGUUUUCUAGUUGUGAGGACGAGCCGUCAGUCAUUACGACUUCUGUUAACGUGAAUUUGGUUUUGUCCCCUCAGCUCAGUGUUUGAUACGUUGACUCUGAAUUACUUUCCUCAUGUAAAUGACACCGAACUGUUGCCAAGUAGCUUUAACUCGUUUAACAGCGUGAGACUUUUCAAAGCUUUGCUCAGGUUGAACUUGUCGUGCACGUGACUCGCGAGUGACUGUUCGCUCGGCCCUGAUGGUGUUUCACAGAAUCCCAAAACAAACCGAUCUCCUCCGCUGUUUUCUGACACUACACUUGAACCUUUGAACUCUUUGCAUGUUAAGUCAUUUUUAAAAAACACGAGCUGGCCCGCAGGCAGGGUUUCUUAUAAGCUGUAGUUUUCAUCGCACAGGAUCUGUCCCCUUCUUUUUGCUUUUAUAUGCAGCUCUCUCUCUCUCUCACUCAGCAUUUGUGUUUAUGUGCGUUGGUUUUUUCCAGAUUUAAAUGGCUUAUGAUUUAAAAUAUACAAACACUGGCUAACUGUGACACUGUUAAUGCAUUUUUUUUUUUUUUGCAUUUCAAAAAU